ACCUCUCAUGGCAUUCUUCUUUAAUGCAGCUAUACAGAUAGCACCAUUGACGCCAGAUGACCUACAGCAGAAACCGGACAAACCCUUGCGGCUGACAAAUUGGUGGGGAAGAAAUAAAACCAGCUUCACAGCAAUGGCGAUGGUUGUCACUCCAACUCUUUUAGUCUCAACAACAGUUCCAGAUGCAUUCUCUGCUGCUACAGAUAUUGCUGGGGGAUACUGCAUGACAAUGCUGUAUGGAGUUCUCCCACCAGCAAUGGCUUGGGCCAUGCAAAACAGAGAAGGUGAGGAUUCUGAUCAGAAGGCAUUAACGAGACCCAAGCCUGCACUUUUUGGAGUAGGACUAUUUGCCUGUGCGAUAGUGGUGGAGCAAAUCCUACUGGAUUUCUUGGCGUUGCAUUUCUGAGAAGGAUAAACAUGCCUCCUCCUGCCUCUGUCUGUAUUAUUAUACCAGUUGCUUAACUGACACUUGCAAUUUGUUUAAUAGUCCAUUUAGCAAUAGUCUUUGGAAUAUAUUAAAGGUUGUUUCCAUUCCUUCCCCCUGUUUCCUGGAAAAUAUACUAGCACAAUUGGGAAAGAAGUUUGGUGCUUAAGCUCAGGAUUGAUUGAAUAAGAGAGCCUGACUGGCACCUUCUGUAAUACUGGCAUCUCUUCCAUUUAUAAACUCAUUUUACCUUUGAUC